GCGCGGGGGGCGGGCGCGGGGAGCGCUCCAAGAUGGCGCCCUCCGCAGUCCCGCCCGCUGCAGCCUCGGCGCCUCUGCAGUCCGGCCGCGCCUCCCGGGCCCCGCGCUAGGGCCGCCGCUGCCUCCCUCGCCGCCGCUGCCAGCUGCUCUGUCCUGGACGCAGCAUAACUAACGAAGCUGCUGCAGGAUGAGAAGAUGGCAGCGCGGCUGCUCGCACCACCAGGCCCUGAUAGUUUCAAGCCUUUCACCCCUGAGUCACUGGCGAACAUCGAGAGGCGCAUUGCUGAGAGCAAGCUCAAGAAACCGCCAAAGGCCGACAGCAGUCAUCGUGAAGACGAUGAGGACAGCAAGCCCAAGCCCAACAGUGACCUGGAGGCAGGGAAGAGUUUGCCUUUCAUCUAUGGGGACAUCCCACAAGGCCUGGUCGCUGUACCCCUGGAGGACUUUGACCCAUACUAUUUGACGCAGAAAACCUUUGUAGUAUUAAACAGAGGGAAAACUCUCUUCAGAUUUAGUGCCACGCCUGCCUUGUACAUUUUAAGUCCUUUUAACCUGAUAAGAAGAAUAGCUAUUAAAAUUUUGAUACAUUCAGUAUUUAGCAUGAUCAUUAUGUGCACUAUUUUGACCAACUGUGUAUUCAUGACUUUUAGUAACCCUCCUGAGUGGUCGAAGAAUGUGGAGUACACGUUCACAGGGAUUUAUACAUUCGAAUCACUAGUGAAAAUCAUCGCAAGAGGUUUCUGCAUAGAUGGCUUUACUUUUUUACGGGAUCCAUGGAACUGGUUAGAUUUCAGUGUCAUCAUGAUGGCGUAUAUAACAGAGUUUGUAAACCUAGGCAAUGUUUCAGCUCUACGCACUUUCAGGGUACUGAGGGCUUUGAAAACUAUUUCGGUAAUCCCAGGCCUGAAGACCAUUGUGGGCGCCCUAAUUCAGUCCGUGAAGAAGCUGUCAGAUGUGAUGAUCCUGACAGUGUUCUGUCUGAGUGUUUUUGCCUUGAUCGGCCUGCAGCUAUUCAUGGGCAACCUGCGGAACAAGUGUGUCGUGUGGCCCAUAAACUUCAAUGAGAGCUAUCUUGAAAAUGGCACCAAAGGCUUUGAUUGGGAAGAGUAUAUCAACAAUAAAACAAAUUUUUACACGGUUCCUGGCAUGCUGGAACCUUUACUCUGUGGGAACAGUUCUGAUGCUGGGCAAUGUCCGGAGGGAUACCAGUGUAUGAAAGCAGGAAGGAACCCCAACUAUGGUUACACAAGCUUUGACACGUUCAGCUGGGCUUUCUUGGCAUUAUUUCGCCUUAUGACCCAGGACUACUGGGAAAACUUGUAUCAGUUGACCUUACGAGCAGCUGGGAAAACAUACAUGAUCUUCUUUGUCUUGGUCAUCUUUGUGGGUUCUUUCUAUCUGGUGAACCUGAUCUUGGCUGUGGUGGCCAUGGCUUAUGAAGAGCAGAAUCAGGCAACACUGGAGGAGGCAGAGCAAAAAGAGGCUGAAUUCAAGGCAAUGUUGGAGCAACUUAAGAAGCAACAGGAAGAGGCACAGGCUGCUGCGAUGGCCACUUCAGCAGGAACUGUCUCAGAAGAUGCCAUAGAGGAAGAAGGUGAAGAAGGAGGAGGCUCUCCUCGGAGCUCAUCUGAAAUUUCUAAACUCAGUUCCAAGAGUGCCAAAGAAAGACGGAACAGGAGAAAGAAGAGGAAGCAAAAGGAACUCUCUGAAGGAGAGGAGAAGGGAGAUCCUGAGAAGGUGUUUAAGUCAGAGUCAGAAGACGGUAUGAGGAGGAAGGGCUUUCGGCUGCCGGACAACAGAAUAGGGAGGAAGUUUUCCAUCAUGAAUCAGUCACUGCUCAGCAUCCCGGGCUCCCCGUUCCUCUCCCGCCACAACAGCAAGAGCAGCAUCUUCAGCUUCAGGGGGCCCGGGCGCUUCCGGGACCCGGGCUCGGAGAACGAGUUCGCGGACGACGAGCACAGCACGGUGGAGGAGAGCGAGGGCCGCCGCGACUCGCUCUUCAUCCCGGUCCGGGCGCGCGAGCGCCGCAGCAGCUACAGCGGCUACAGCGGCUACAGCCAGGGCAGCCGCUCCUCGCGCAUCUUCCCCAGCCUGCGGCGCAGCGUCAAGCGCAGCAGCGCGGUGGACUGCAACGGCGUGGUGUCCCUCGUCGGCGGCCCCGGCUCCCACAUCGGCGGGCGUCUCCUGCCAGAGGCUACAACUGAGGUAGAGAUUAAGAAGAAAGGCCCUGGAUCUCUCUUAGUCUCCAUGGACCAACUGGCCUCCUAUGGACGGAAGGACAGAAUCAACAGUAUAUUGAGUGUGGUUACAAAUACACUAGUAGAAGAGCUGGAAGAGUCUCAGAGGAAGUGCCCGCCAUGCUGGUAUAAAUUCGCCAAUACUUUCCUCAUCUGGGAGUGUCACCCCUACUGGAUCAAACUGAAGGAGAUCGUGAACUUGAUCGUCAUGGACCCGUUUGUAGACCUGGCCAUCACCAUCUGCAUCGUCCUCAACACACUGUUCAUGGCUAUGGAGCACCACCCUAUGACGCCUCAGUUUGAGCACGUCUUGGCUGUAGGAAAUCUGGUUUUCACUGGAAUUUUCACAGCGGAAAUGUUCCUGAAGCUCAUAGCCAUGGACCCCUACUAUUAUUUCCAAGAAGGUUGGAACAUUUUUGAUGGAUUUAUUGUCUCCCUCAGUUUAAUGGAACUGAGUCUAGCAGACGUGGAAGGGCUUUCUGUGCUGCGAUCUUUCCGAUUGCUCCGAGUCUUCAAAUUGGCCAAAUCCUGGCCCACCCUGAACAUGCUGAUCAAGAUUAUUGGAAAUUCAGUGGGUGCCCUGGGCAACCUGACACUGGUGCUGGCCAUUAUUGUCUUCAUCUUUGCUGUGGUGGGGAUGCAGCUCUUUGGAAAGAGCUACAAAGAGUGUGUUUGCAAGAUCAACCAGGACUGUGAACUCCCUCGCUGGCACAUGCAUGACUUUUUUCAUUCCUUCCUCAUUGUCUUUCGAGUGUUGUGCGGGGAGUGGAUCGAGACCAUGUGGGACUGCAUGGAGGUGGCCGGCCAGGCCAUGUGCCUCAUUGUCUUCAUGAUGGUCAUGGUCAUUGGUAACUUGGUGGUGCUGAACUUGUUUCUGGCCUUGCUCCUGAGCUCCUUCAGUGCAGACAAUCUGGCAGCCACGGAUGACGAUGGGGAGAUGAACAACCUACAGAUCUCAGUAAUCCGCAUCAAGAAGGGUGUGGCUUGGACCAAACUCAAAGUGCAUGCCUUCAUGCAGGCCCACUUCAAGCAACGUGAGGCCGAUGAAGUGAAACCUCUGGACGAGCUGUAUGAAAAGAAGGCCAACUGCAUUGCCAACCACACCGGCGCAGACAUCCACCGGAAUGGGGACUUCCAGAAGAACGGCAAUGGCACAACCAGUGGCAUCGGCAGCAGUGUGGAGAAGUACAUCAUCGAUGAGGACCACAUGUCCUUCAUAAACAACCCCAACUUGACCGUGCGGGUGCCCAUUGCAGUAGGCGAGUCUGAUUUUGAGAACCUCAACACAGAGGACGUUAGCAGCGAGUCGGAUCCUGAAGGCAGCAAAGAUAAACUGGAUGACACUAGCUCCUCGGAAGGAAGCACCAUUGACAUCAAACCAGAAGUAGAGGAAGUCCCUGUGGAACAGCCAGAGGAAUACUUGGAUCCAGAUGCCUGCUUCACAGAAGGUUGUGUCCAGCGAUUCAAGUGCUGCCAGGUCAACAUUGAAGAAGGUCUAGGCAAGUCUUGGUGGAUCCUGCGGAAAACCUGCUUCCUCAUCGUGGAGCACAACUGGUUCGAGACCUUCAUCAUCUUCAUGAUUCUGCUCAGCAGUGGUGCCCUGGCCUUCGAGGACAUCUACAUCGAGCAGAGGAAGACCAUCCGCACCAUCCUGGAGUACGCUGACAAAGUCUUCACCUAUAUCUUCAUUCUGGAGAUGCUGCUCAAGUGGACGGCCUACGGCUUCGUCAAGUUCUUCACCAACGCCUGGUGCUGGCUGGACUUCCUCAUUGUGGCUGUCUCUUUAGUCAGCCUUAUAGCUAAUGCCCUGGGCUACUCGGAACUAGGUGCCAUAAAGUCCCUUAGGACCCUAAGAGCUUUGAGACCCUUAAGAGCCUUAUCACGAUUUGAAGGGAUGAGGGUGGUGGUGAAUGCCUUGGUGGGCGCCAUCCCCUCCAUCAUGAAUGUGCUGCUGGUGUGUCUCAUCUUCUGGCUGAUUUUCAGCAUCAUGGGCGUUAACCUCUUUGCGGGAAAGUACCACUAUUGCUUUAAUGAGACUUCUGAAAUCCGAUUUGAAAUUGAAGAUGUCAACAAUAAAACUGAGUGUGAAAAACUCAUGGAGGGGAACAAUACAGAAAUCAGAUGGAAGAAUGUCAAGAUCAACUUUGACAACGUUGGGGCAGGAUAUCUGGCACUUCUUCAAGUGGCAACCUUCAAAGGCUGGAUGGACAUAAUGUAUGCAGCUGUAGAUUCCCGAAAGCCUGAUGAGCAGCCUAAGUAUGAGGACAACAUCUACAUGUACAUCUACUUUGUCAUCUUCAUCAUCUUCGGCUCCUUCUUCACCCUGAACCUCUUCAUUGGUGUUAUCAUUGAUAACUUCAAUCAACAAAAGAAAAAGUUUGGAGGUCAGGACAUCUUCAUGACUGAAGAACAGAAGAAGUACUACAAUGCCAUGAAAAAACUGGGCUCAAAGAAGCCACAGAAACCCAUUCCCCGGCCCGUGAAUAAAAUCCAAGGUAUCAUCUUUGAUUUUGUCACUCAACAAGCCUUUGACAUCGUCAUCAUGAUGCUGAUCUGCCUUAACAUGGUGACAAUGAUGGUGGAGACGGACACUCAGAGCAAGCAGAUGGAGAACAUCCUCUACUGGAUCAACCUGGUCUUCGUCAUCUUCUUCACCUGCGAGUGUGUGCUCAAGAUGUUUGCCUUGAGGCACUACUACUUCACCAUCGGCUGGAACAUCUUCGACUUCGUGGUCGUCAUCCUGUCCAUCGUGGGCAUGUUCCUGGCUGAUAUAAUUGAAAAAUACUUUGUUUCCCCAACCCUAUUCCGAGUCAUCCGAUUGGCCCGUAUCGGCCGCAUCUUGCGUCUGAUCAAAGGUGCCAAAGGGAUUCGUACCCUGCUCUUUGCCUUAAUGAUGUCCUUGCCUGCUCUGUUCAACAUUGGCCUUCUGCUCUUCCUGGUCAUGUUCAUCUUCUCCAUCUUCGGGAUGUCCAAUUUUGCAUAUGUGAAGCAUGAGGCUGGCAUUGAUGACAUGUUCAACUUCGAGACGUUUGGCAACAGCAUGAUCUGCCUGUUUCAGAUCACGACCUCAGCUGGUUGGGAUGGCCUGCUGCUGCCCAUCCUGAACCGCCCCCCUGACUGCAGUCUGGAUAAGGAGCACCCAGGGAGUGGCUUUAAGGGAGACUGCGGGAACCCCUCAGUGGGCAUCUUCUUCUUUGUAAGCUACAUCAUCAUCUCCUUCCUCAUCGUUGUGAACAUGUACAUCGCCAUCAUCUUAGAGAACUUCAGUGUGGCCACAGAGGAAAGUGCAGACCCUCUGAGUGAGGAUGACUUUGAGACCUUUUAUGAGAUCUGGGAGAAGUUUGACCCUGAUGCCACCCAGUUCAUCGAGUACUGUAAGCUGGCAGACUUUGCAGAUGCCUUGGAGCACCCGCUCCGAGUGCCCAAGCCCAACACUAUUGAGCUCAUUGCCAUGGACCUGCCGAUGGUCAGCGGGGAUCGCAUCCACUGCUUGGACAUCCUUUUUGCCUUCACCAAGCGGGUCCUGGGAGACAGUGGGGAGUUGGACAUCCUUCGGCAGCAGAUGGAGGAGCGGUUCGUGGCAUCCAAUCCUUCCAAAGUGUCUUAUGAGCCAAUCACGACUACACUGCGGCGCAAGCAGGAGGAGGUGUCCGCAGUGGUUCUGCAGCGCGCCUACCGGGGACAUUUAGCAAGGCGGGGCUUCAUUUGCAAAAAGAUGACUUCCAAUAAGCUGGAGAAUGGAGGCACACACCGGGAGAAAAAGGAGAGCACCCCUUCUACAGCCUCCCUCCCAUCUUAUGACAGUGUAACUAAACCUGAAAAGGAGAAACAGCAACGGGCAGAGGAAGGAAGAAGGGAAAGAGCCAAAAGACAAAAAGAGGUCAGAGAAUCCAAGUGUUAGAGGAAAUCAAAAAUUAAAUAUUGUACCGAUUUAAAACUUGCAAGUAAAAGAUUGUUUACAAACUUCCUGAAUAUUAUCAAUGCAGAACAGCUGUGGAGACACUUCACCCAGAAGAUCUAUACCAAACGUAGUCUGCUUACCAGUCUUGAGCAGUGACCUCCCAAGGGCAAAGGACCCUGCUCCCUGGACUCACAGAUGUUCUAGUGCUUGGGCAGCUGGUUACUGCAUGUUCCACAUCAGUCAGUGCAACUUAGGACAAAACCAACAGGAUACAAAAACAGAGAGGCUGCCGGGACCAGCAGAUUUCUGUUGCAGCCAAAUGGAUUUUAUUUUUUCAUUUUGUUGAUUCUCAGAAGCAGAAAGCAUCACUUUAAAAGUUUGUUUGUUCAUGCAAACUCUAUUUGCAUUCUUACCUUAGUUAAGCUAAGCAGCAAAAAGAAAAAACACACACACUCACAUUUAGCCCAUGUCAUUUAAUUGUCAGUUUCUUUGGCAUAAACGGCAUCUUCUCCACAUGGGCAUCACAUGGUUUGGCAAAGGGUGGGGGAAAACGAUCAGGUUUCUUCAGGCUGAGGAGGACUUGCUCAGGCCGAUCCAAACGUUGUGCUUAUUCAAUGCAUAGAAAUGAUUUGCAUGAUGGCAUGCUGUGAUCAGAAGUCAUGCAUGAGAACCAUACACCACAGGACACUCCUAAUCCUGUCCCCUGCACUGGGUCAGCCUUUGGAUAGGACCCAGCCUUGCACCGUUCACUGUAUUUGGAGGAAAAAAUGGUAAGAGUUCCAUACCCGCUGCAAUUCUUUAUGAAUUCUGAGAAGUCUUUCAUACACCUUCUGGGUAGGGAAACAUGACCAACCAAUUGACCACCACCACCAACAAAAAACAAACCCAAUCCAACAAGCAGAUGGAUCCGUUGUAUGUAUAUGUUGAACAGAUGUCUCUAACAUACAGCCAUUGUUGCACAUUCUGAAAGAUGAACUAUUUAAUGCUGCUCUGUGUCCCAGACGUGGGGAAAUUUUGGUCUUGAAUGGCUUGUAUUAAUAAUGUCACUGUAAAACCAAAUCCUAGGGCUAAAAACAAAAAUCAAAAAAAAAAAUGUUCAUUUGUAUCUUGCAAUAUUUAUGAGGAUUGUUUAGCCUUCAUACUGGAAAACUGACAUUCAUUUGGGGCAGAGAUGAAAGUGCUAUUCAAAGUGGCACAUUAUCUCUAGAGGGUAUUGGGGAACUUAAACAACCUUUUGUUGGGGCCUAGGGGUACUCACUUCAUUCAGUGCCAUGUCCUCUUGCACUGUGGCUUUCUCCGGGCCUGGGGCCACACGGAGAGGUGUUCAGGUGUCCUGGACGGUCUCUCCUCUACAGAGCGUGGCGCACAUUCACACAUUGCAUGAUUCCUUUGGCUUCCAUCACAUUUUCCCACCAAGCGGGGCUUCCCCUACCCACAGAGGUGGGUGAGGGCAGCAGCACCGGGGCUAAGGCUGUGGUUUCUUUCUUUACUAAUAGACUACAUAGUCACCAGUGGGACCAGAGGCAGAGCUGGAGCCGCCUCUGAACCAAGCCCACUUGGUUUCUUUAUUGCACUGGUUCUCAUGAGAAAGCGACUUCAUAUGAGAUGUUCCAGCUCCCCCACCUCAUUCCCUUUCAGCCAGUUUUGCUGUCUGCUUCGCGACCUGCCCAUGGCCAUUGGAGGGUGGCUUUAGGGGGAGCUUCAUAUCUCCAGUCCAUCUCCUGCUUUAGGGAAGACGGUUCUUAGUCCAGGGGUGUCUUAUAUGACAACUAGAUUUCAAAACCAAGAUGCUGCAAU